CACGAGCGGUGGGACCCACCCUGCAUAUUGUAGCUUGAGGUGACGACACGCAAAGCCAAACCGUCCAGCGGCGCCUCAUUCUUGACGAUUGCGCAAUGCUAACGGGCCGCCUGGGCUUUUGGCGCUGCUGAUGAUAUGCUUCCUGCACGGGGAUCACUAAGACUACCUAACAAGGAUAGCACGUACUCCUGAGAUCUGACGCAAAGCGAUUUCUGAGAGUCGCGGCAUGCUUGCCGAGCGUCAAGAUGGGCGCUAGCGACUCUAAGCUUGUCUUCAAGAAGGGCAUCUUCAGGCUCUCUGAAGAGCGGCACAUCCCGGCGGACGACCCAUACUGGACCUCGUUCUGGGAGCUGCCCGAGUCGUCCGAGGACAUCUUCAGCCUCUUCGCGCCCGCCGACAUCCGUCGCACCCGAGACCAGGCGAUCGAGAACAUCGAGACGUUGAUACUCGCCGUGACGUCGCGGCUCUUCAUACUACGCCACCACCCCUCCUUCCCAGACCCGGAGAUUGCGCCAGAGCGUGAGGCGCUCAACUGCAUCCGCGUGCUGACGCGGAUCCUGCCCUACCUAUACGAGCUCGACUCCUUGCAGGCAUGGGAGGAGAAGUUCUUCUGGGGUACCCGCCGGAAGCGCACGCGCAGGGCCACCAUCGCCAGUGAGGUGCUCUUCGACGACUCCCAGCCCAUGUCACCGGCCUCGGUGGCCACGGACCACGAGCACGAUGGCGACUAUGACGACGAAGGGGUGCCUCUGCGUACGCAGGCCCGGCCCUCCAGCAAGAAGGCGUCCAGCAAGACGAUGACGGAGGACGGGUUUGAGGAUGCUAAGCCGCUCGCCGAGGAGCUGAUCGAGGCGCUGACGGACUUGCUCUUCAUGGGGGAGUUCACGGUGCCGAGGCAGACGCAGGGGAAGCCCAAGGUCAGCUACGCGAUAUGGCAGAGCGGCGUCGGCUGCAACACGGCCAUCGCGACGACCAAGGAAUGGGAGAACAACCGGACUGAGAUCCUGCGGCUGCUGCUCACGCUGGGCGGCCAGAGCAUGUACAUGUCGGCGGGGGUGCUGCCGCAGAGGGGGGUGCGAGCGCUAACGCACAUCUGCACGUGCCCGGACAAGCAGGUGGUGCUCUCGGUGCUGUGCUCGCUGCUCAACACGACGCUCAAGUAUAACCCGGCGAGCUGGCGCGUGCCGUACAACACGCUCGUGUUCAAGGAUCCUAAGCAGGCGCUAGUCACGCACACGCUGCAGUUCCUGCUGGUCGUGCUCCUGUACCCGAUCCCGGACCAGGGCCAGAAGAACUACUACCGCCACUUCCUCGGGCGGCUCCACCGGCCGCAGGACUUCCAGUUCAUCGUGGAUGGCAUGACGCGGAUCCUGAACCAGCCCCUGUCGGGCAACGCGUCCUACAUACCGGGGGCGCAGGCGGCGUCGUCGGUGGCCAACGUCAAGUUCGCGCCCGAGAUCAUCAUGCUGUUCUGGGAGAUCACGCAGUGCAACAAGCGGUUCCGGUCCUACAUCAUCGACACGCAGCGCGCGCACGACUUUGUCAUACUCGUGCUCUUCUACGCCCUCGAGUACAAGAGCGAUGGCUCGAAGCAGGGGGUGGUCAGGAUGUGCGCAUUCUUGCUGCAGACACUGAGCGUCGAGCGGAACUUUGGCGUCAACCUCAACAAGACGUUUGAGGGACAGGACACGCUUCCACCGGCCAUCCGCAUCCCCGGAUUUAGGGGCACAUACGGGGACUUCCUUAUCCAGUCUAUCUACAACCUCAUCACUACUAGCCAGGGGAAGCUUACAGCUAUCUACCCUGCCCUCCUCGCCGUCAUCAACAACAUUGCGCCAUAUCUAGAAGGCCUCAGCACGAUGACGUGCUCGCGGCUCAUGCACCUCUUUGGCUCCAUGUCAUCACCAUCCUUCCUGCUGGCUAAUGAAUCGAAUCACGACUUGCUUCGAGCGCUACUCGAAUCGCUCAACUCUACUAUCGAGCAUAAAUAUCAAAAAAACCCCGAGCUUGUUCUCGCAAUUCUACGCAAUCGGAAGCGGAUUGAAUUGCUUCGCAACUUCACUUUGGAGAGUGGGCAAGAGGAGAUAGAAAGGCGACAAAGACGGCGCAAGGAGGAUGGAUCUGUGGCAGACUCCCUGGAUAUAGGCUCGAACCGCAACUCGAUGGAGAGCCUGACCAGUCCGACGACGCCCAACUCCAGGACGUCGCAUCAGGGCCGCGGCGGCGCGGCCGAAGAGGACAGCACAUUUGCCAUCGGCGAUGAUGACGACGAGGACAGCAGCGACGAAGACGAGUCGAGGCCGACGCCGGCGCAGAGCGAUGCGCCAUCGCGAGCGUCUUCAGUUGCGUCCACCAACCGCACCGGCGGAAGCCAGAGCGUGGCUCAGGAGGCACUACCAACGCAACUACGGGGGAUGUCGGAGAAGGCACGCGGAAAGAUGCCAGCCGGAGCGCACUCUUUCUCGCGGCAAAACUCGACGACGUCGCUGGGGAGCUCGUCGGGGAACAACGGCGGAAGCAGCGGACCCGGCGGAGGCGGCUCGCUGGGCCUAUCCGGGCCCGUGGGCUACUUUGAGCCGACGGCACAGUGGAUCGACAGCUGGCUGCCGGAGCUCCCGCUCCACACGAUCCUGACGCUCACCCAGCAGUUGACGGCGCUGCUCCCGCGGCAGGCACUGUCGUCGUCGUUGGCGGAUGCGGGCGGCGACGCGACGAGCAAGCAGGUGCUGGAGAAGAUCCGGACGACCAAGCUCGUCGGGGUGGAGGCGGGCGAUCCGCGGGUGCACUCGUUCGAGUGGUCGCCGCUAGCGCUGGGCUGGUACGAGUCGCUCGUCUGGAGCUUCGUCUUCGCGGCGGAGCUGGCGUCGGCCAGGGGCACGGCGGGCAUCUGGAACACGACGGCCAUCAAGCUGUUCCGCGUGGUGCAGAACACGGCGCCGCCGGCGGGGCCGUCGCUAACGUCUCCCAGGGGCGCCGUCGACGCGGUCGGGAGCAACAUCGUGUCCAGGAUCGGGGCCAUCAACCUGCGAGGUGCGGCCGAGUCGCUGGGCGCGGCGGGCAGGGGGGGAGGAGGGGGUGGCGAGGGGGACAGGCGGGAACGGGGGGAGCAGGGCAGGGCGGGCGCUGCUGAGCGCUAGGUCCGGAGGGGCGGUUUCUCUGCCUCCUCGCAGACGUUCCCGGCGGUUGUCGUCAUGGUCGAGACCCUAGCCUGAUGGCGCAGACGACGUGCUGAUCGGCGCCCCUUACCUUGCCUGUCUAGCAGCUGCUAUGAGUGUACAUCCCCUUGGCCCCGGCUCUCUGUGUGUGUUCCUCUCGCCCUGUCUGGUUUAUCCCUUUUGCUUCUUUCUCUAGUUCGUUUUGAAUUCUCGAUUGGUUUCGACAACCUUGUAACAGUAUACGUCUAUUCCGCCUGGUCCAGUGAUUUUUGUCUUUCUGGGGGGCGACGGCUGUGAUGUCGAGCCUUCUGCUUACCCUAUGGAAGCCAUUGGUAUCCAGCUACGAUCUUCUGCGACUCCUGCAGCCCGUCUCUCGGAGCCUAGAACGUGCUUUUGCCUCACCAUCCCUCCAUCUGCUCUUUCAUCACCAACAGCAGCAUCGGGAGUUGCGUCGCCGAGGUGGCGAAAGUUGGGCCAUGGCGGCUGAAAGACGGGGGACACGACAGGAAGAAAAGACAGUACGACGGGGUAAAAACAAGCUUCCAUGACUUCUCCAGCGGUGAGAUGGCAAGGCGUCAGCGGCAGGAUAACUUGACAGCCAAGCAUUCGCCCUGCUUUUCUCUUGUAAAUGGACGAUCCCCUCAGGAUGGCAAAAGAGAACGCGUGGCUGGUGUGUAGCGCCAGUGUGGCGAGUGCGCCUCCAGCCUAUCGGGCGGCUUGAACAGGGAUGGACUAUCUGGGUGGGGUGG